AUGACUGCCUCGAUCGCUGGACGAGGUCUACGAGCCGCCACUCGAGGCUGGUCCGCAAAAGCACUCGCGCAACCUGCAGCUGUCACGCCUGUACAGUCGCGAUCGCUCAUCAUUCCGUCGCGUCCUGUCUUGACCGAUCAGAGUCGCGCAGAAAAGCCGUCGGAGAAGGAGGAUUCUCAGCCCAAACAAAGCUUGCUCAAGUCACUGCUGCAUGGCUCGGACAAGGCGAAAGCGGAAGGUGUUACCACGCAAUCUCACUCGAUGCAAGUGGCUCGAGGCAAGUACAUCCACGAAAUCCAGCGUCAAUCCGUCUCUCCGGCGCAUGCAAGCGAGUACCGCACGCUGAUCGCCGAAUACUUUCCCAAGUUGGCCGAAAAGGGUUUACCCAUGCGUCUGACCGGAAGCUGGGAAGUGAUCGUCGGCGACUUGGAGACCUUCUACCACAUCUGGGAGUACGACGGUUACGCCGGCUACGACAAGGCCGAAUCCGCGCUGCGUUCCGAUCGCGACUUUCAGGAGCUCACCAAGCGUCUGCAACCGUUGCUCUCGAAUCGAUCCAAUUGGCUCACCCAGGAAUUCUCCUUCUGGCCCUCUUCGCCUCCUCGCACCACUAACGGUCUCUACGAGCUGCGAACCUAUCACCUCAAGCCAGGCCACCUGUUGGAGUGGGAACAGCACUGGCGACGCGGGUUGGAGGCAAGGAGAAAGUUUGUUGAGCCCAUCGGCGCUUGGUUCACCCAGAUCGGCGGUCUGCAUACCGUCUUUCACAUCUGGGAGUAUCCCAGUUUGGAGGAGAGGAAGAAAACAAGAGAUAUGGCUUGGCAGGUAGAGACGUGGAACGACACGGUCAGCCAGACAGUCAAGCUGAUCGACAAGAUGCACGCACAGAUCAUGCGGCCACUUGCUUUUAGCCCUCUCAAGUGA